AUGGCAGCAUUCGUGGCAGCAUUUGCCAACCCAUUCAACUAUAUCGGCGGCGUCAGUUUCAGCCCAGAGACAGAUAUUCCAGACCUGAUGGGGAAAGUUGCGCUAGUAACGGGUGGAAAUUCCGGCCUUGGUAAGGAAAGCAUCCUCCAACUAGCCAAACACAAUCCAAGCAAAAUAUUCCUUGCCGCUCGCUCAGAGUCUAAGGCUGUGGAGGCCAUCGAUUCUAUCAAGUCAUCAGUCGCGAACGAUGUCGAGAUUGUCUGGCUGCCUCUGGACUUGUCAUCCACCGAGUCGAUUCGCAGUGCUGGCGAGCAGUUCAAACCCCAAUCCCAACGACUCGACAUUCUAAUUCUGAAUGCUGGCGUCAUGUCUCUUCCCUCGGGUGAGACAGAAAUGGGCCACGAAAUUCAACUUGGAACAAAUCAUACCGGCCAUUUCCUCCUCACGAAGAUGUUACUACCGACACUUCUCAAAACGGCCGAGGAACCUAACUCCGACGUCCGUAUUGUGUCACUCGCUUCGGUUGGGCACAACCUUGCUCCGUGUUUUGACACGAUUCUAGACCAAGAGAAACUCAAAAAAGUCAACACAAAUGCUCGUUACGGAGCCUCAAAAGCCGCGAAUAUUCUUUUUGCUGCGGAACUCAGCCGCCGAUACCCGUCCAUAACCUCGGUAUCUGUUCAUCCUGGCAUCAUCUUGACAGAUCUAUACGACCCCUUGAACUCGCGCUCACCAGUCAUCGCAUUGGGCUCUAAGUCAUUGCGAGUCUUUGGCUCUUCGAUUUCUCAAGGCGCAUACAAUCAACUUUGGGCGGCCGCUGGCGCUCAAAAGAAAGAUCUGGUUAAUGGAGGAUAUUAUGUCCCAGUGGGAAAUUUGAAACAUCACAAUAAGUACGCACAAAGCGAGGAAAUGGGGAGACGUUUGUGGGAGUGGUCUGAAUUUGAAGCACAAAAAUGGGGGUUUUGA